AUGGACCAGGACUACUGGGGUGUAGACGAUAUUCUCGCAGAGAGUCAGCACAUCCCAUGUGUAUUCCACGUCGAUGUGCCAGGGCUCGGAUACCUUGAGGGCUCUGGGGAUGAUGAUAUUCACAAGCAUUCUCGUCUGGAGCUUCCAUACUGGAUCGCGCACAUGCUUGCCGUCUAG